UGGGGCUGUGACGGACAGUGGGCUCUGACAGGCAGAGGUGCAGGGCCGGGGACGGGGAUAGGGACGGGGUGGUGGAUGCACAGCCCCUCUCUGGCGCGUGUCGGACGGUUCGGGAGGACGCUGGGACGCGCAGGGGGCCGCAACCAUGGCGCAAGCCGCCAAGCAGCUCCGCAAGAACAAGGAGCUAGAUGCUCUCGCAGCGCAGGAGCAGAAAGAGAAGGAGGAUGAGAAGAACAAGAAGAGGAACCGCUCCAGGGACCGCAGACGCAAGGCUGACGUGGUGCAGCGCUGGCUUGUCGAUCAGGACAGUAGCGUGGUCCCAGGCCGGACAGCCAGGGGAAUCUGGCGCUUUGAUGACAGAAGCGCACCUAGGCAGGUGCUGCAUGACGUGUGCGUCUCCCCCGCGUGAGCAGAGGGCCUGCUGGGUUUGUGAGAAAGGGAAGAUGGCCGCCCUGAAACGGAGAUCCUUGCUGUCCUGCUGCGGCUCUUGCUCUGUUCGUCUGCCAUUCUUACCGUGCUUCUGUGUGUUCGUUUAGUCCUUUUGUUUUGCCAUGAGUUCAUUUACUUUAACGUAAUUUUGAUUUGUGUAUCUGUAUAUGUGUCUGUGUGUGUGUGCGUGUAUGUACCUGUAUGUGUCUAUCUUUGUGUGUGUAUAUUUGUGUGUAUGUGUGUGUUGAUGUGAGUGUGCAUGUGUGUGUGUGUGUGUGUGUGUUCACAUGGGUGUGUAUGUGUAUGUGUCUAUCUUUGUGUGUGUAUGUGUGUGUGUGUGUUGAUGUGAGUGUGCAUGUGUGUGUGUGUGUUCAGGUGAAUGUGUCUGUGUGUGUAUGUGUGUGUGUGUGUGUGUGUGUGUGAGUGUGUAUGUGUGUGUUCACAUGGGUGUGUAUGUGUGUGUGUGUUCACGUGAGUGUGUGUGUGUGUGUUAACACAUGUGGAAAGGUAAGAGAGGAGAGAGAAGGGGGAUUGAAAUGGAGAUAAUCUGCCAUCCGUUACUCACAUGGUAAGUGGAAUGUCUUAAACACAGCUGUCUGCUGAGUGGGCUCUCUUCACUCUGCAUCUCCCUCAGACCUCUCCUCUCCUCCUAGCCUCUCUACCGCUCCUCUACCUCCCCUCUCCUCUCCUCCCCCUCUCCUCUCCUCUCCUUUCCCUCAGACCUCUCCUCUACCUUCCCUCUCCUCUCCUCUCCUCUCUCCUCUCCUCUUCCUCAGACCUCCCCUCUCCUCCCCCUUUCCUCUCCUCUGUCCACUCUCACCUCUCCUCUCCUGUCUCCUCUCCUCUCUCCCCUCUUCUUCUCUCUCCCCCCUCUCUCCUCCCCCUCCUCUCCUCUCCCCUCCCAUUCUCGCUCCUCCCCUCUCUCCUCUUUCCUCUCCCACCUCCUCCCUCCACUCUCUUUUCCUCUCUCCUCUCCCCAUCUCUCCUCUCCCCCUCUCUUUUCCUCUCUCCUCUCCCCUUCUCUCUUCUCCCCUCUCCUGACCUCUCCCCCUCCCCCUCUCCUCUCCCUUCUCCGCCCUCCUCUCGUCUCUCCCCCUCCUCUUCUCCUGCAAAUCGCUCUUUUUCUCUCUUCAAGUCACCCUUUACAAUCGCUGUUCUUCCCUAUAGGUAUGUGUUUGUGGAGGCCUUACUGUCUUUGUGUCCGUAGUUGCAUUUGGUCUGUACAUUGGUGUGUGUGCCUAUACCUGUGUUUCUGUAUUUCUGUGGAAAUUUGUGUGUACCAGCAUAUAUGUUGAGAUACAGUGUUUUUAAAAAUGUGUUUGAAAAACCUUGUGUGUGCAGUACAUUUGUACAUGGAAUUCCUCACGUUAUUCCAGAACACUGUGGCUUUUUCCAGAACACUGUGUAUACCAAGCUUCUCCCAUAAGCUUAUGUUGCAUUAAUGAAAGACUGCCCUUCCUCUGGAACAGCAAUAUGUAGGACACUCAUCCUCCUGUAGGGGGUGCUGAUGUCCAUCCUGGAUUCUAAGAUGCUGAUCCACUGAUAUGUUUACAUGGUCUUUAUAGCUUGGCCUAUUUAAAUCAUUCUUUAAACCACAUCCAUGCUCAGAUACAUUAGAGAUGUUGGGCAUUGUUUUGUAACUAACCAAAAAAAAGUGAAUAUAAGUGUGUGAAUGCAUGUAUGUGUGCGUGCAUGUGUAUACUGUGUAUACAUGUGUGUGGAUGUCUGUGUGUGUGUAUGUGUGUGUUCAUUACAUUACAUUGUGUUUAGCAGAUACUUUUAUCCGAAGUGACAUACAAAUAUGUGCUUAUCAAAGUCAUUAGAACAUACAGCAGGUUAGAUAAGCUACAGUACACAAAGAAACUGUGAUACAGCCAUGAACAAAAUUCCCAGUACACCUAGCAAACAGGCCAUAUGAAGAAAUAUAAAUGCAGUAUACAAAUAUAUAAUAUACAAAUUCAACUGCAACUAGAUUAGACUACAAAAAGCUAAAAAUUCAGGCGGGUGAACAAACAAAUGCAUGUAUGAGUGUGUGUGUGUGUGUGCAUGCAUGUGUGUAUGCAUGAGUGUGUGUAUGUGUGCGUGUAUACUGUGUUCCUGCGUGCUUUUGUGUGUGUGUGUUUGUGUGUAUAUGUCUCCCUGAUUGAUGAGGAGAUUGACAAGAUCAUGUUGAUGAGUUGAUCAACAUGGUUAUGGUGAAGGGAUCAUUUUAGUGGUUAGGCAGAUGUGAAGUGAGAUGUGAUAUAUCCAACCCUGUAAAUGUGUGUUUUAACCUACUUUUAACCUAUAUUUACUUUAUAGGUUAUUAGUUACAGAGUAUUAGUUAUUCACAUAUUAAGGACAAUGUGCACUAUGCUUUGUGUGUAUUCACAUUCAUCUUACACACCAAGCAUAGUGCAAAUUGUCAUUAAUAUGCUUGUCACUAAUUGGAGGAAUGUGUCUCAGUCUGAAUGUAUGUGUGUGUGUGCUCAGCAAUACAGUACAUACUGUAGAUGAAUGUAUUUGUAUUUGAGUGUCUAUAACAUGAACAGCCCUUCACCAUUCCAGACAGCUAUAGUGUACUCAUAUUAAUUCCCCAAUUCUACUAUGAUGAGGAUAUUCAUAAAAUAUGAAACCUGCCACAAGGUUUCCAACCUCCCUGAACAUACACCCUUUUAAUUCAGUCAGUACCAAUUACAUCUGUUUACUGGAUUGCUACGAGAUCAGCGUACACAUACACACGCACACGCUGCUCCAGGAGAUGUGUUUAAUCAGCAAAGCGAUGUUCAGAUGCACGCAGAGAUGGCAGAUACACCCGGUGAUAUCGGACAUACAUGAAGGUACCGGAAUAAAUUGCGAAAUUACAUCAGGUUUAAUGAUGUAUCGAUGUAUGAUUCUCUCAUUCUCUCACUCUAUCACCCCUUCUCUCAGUUACGAUGUUAUCUCUUCCUCUCCAUGUGCGUGAAGCACAUUUGUCUUCUCAUGGGGCUGAAGGAGGA